AUGGGUCUACCAGAAGUGUAUUGCAGUGUGUGCGGUGCCUCGUUUGGCAACCCUUACGACAGCCUCGUCGAUGAUCCUAAUACUGCAUAUCUCGUUCAGGGGCACACCAAUCAUGAUUUUGAGGUAUCCAAAACUCGUCCGCCAGAUAUCCGCAACGCUGACGUAACCUUUCAGUGGCUCCAUGAUGCACAGCUCUUCGGCAUCCCUUCAUCGUUAGAAACGUCUGAAGAAUUGAAGCCAGUUGUAUAUGCCGAUAUGCCAGCUUACAAACGCACGGAUGAGCAUCCCGCUUUCUUCGGAGAUCCGUACUGUCACUACGGAGAAGGGAAUGUUUUCCAUCUAGGUGGUCGAACUUAUCCUACUCAUUACCCUAUCAAUAACGGUGAUAUACUAUUUGCCAUGCAUAGUAAUUGCGCAAACAUUAUCAAACGCGUGUUCGUCGCGAAGCAAGAUGGAGUGAUUGCAAAGGACGGACUACCGACUCUUCGAGCCUAUUACGACAAGCUGCGUCAGCAAUGUCCAGGCUAUGUCGAUGAAUGGUGGAAUAUUUACUGGCCGCAUGAAUACUACGGUGCAUGUGAUUAUUGGGGCUAUGAUGAGUGGGAGUAUGCAAAAGGCUGCCAGAAAUUCCUUGUCGAUCCACUACACGACAAAAAUCUGACGGCCUUCGUACUAGAGGUUCUGAAGCCUGCACAGCCCCGGGAAGAAGCACCGCUACUUCUCUCCAAAACGUCCAAUAGGAGAACCAGUGGCUUGGAUUCUCUACCGACAGAGAUCAUUGAUCAAGUUGUGGCACUCUUGCCGACUGCUUCCGCUCUCUCCCUUCGUCUCGUAUCUUCAACAUUCGCGACCCGAAUUCAACUUACCCAGCGAUUCUUUCGCGAACAACUGCUGGGUGGUAACCUGGUUCCGUACCUGUGGGAUCUGGACGUAAAGGCCUGUCGAGACAUGCAACAAGGCGUGCCCGAAGGAGAGGAUCCUGACUGGUACUGGGAUUGGCGGCAGCUAACACGAUACUUGAAUGAUGUGGCCAGUAUCGUUGAGCAUGAUCCGGAUUCAAGUGGUAUUCCGAGAGGGUUUUGGAAUCGUUGCAGGUUAUGGCUUACAGUUGUUGAGGCAGAAGUAUGGUGA